AUGGCGGCCAGCGCGGCGAUUUGGCUCCUCGGCUGCAGCCUGCGGGCCUGGUCUGCUGCUGGGGCCUCCGUCAGCUCCGGCAGCGGCGAGCGCCGCCCCGAGGGCGAGGCCCGCCUGCAGCCCAGCGGCGAGCCCGGCCGGCGGGCGGUGCUCGUGCAGCCCGGCGGCGAGGUCGACCUCGGCCCCGCGGCGCCCCGCCGGGCGGUGAUCCGCAGCGUGGUGCAGGCGGCCGCCCGCGGCGCCCUCGCGGAGGAGGCGCCCGGAGGCGCGCUCUUGGAGGAAGAGGAGUGGAGCGGCGAGGGAUGCGAAGGGGAGGAGGAAGUCAAUCCGGGGGAGUUCAGCCGGAAGUACAGCACCAUUUGGGACGACGACGCGGUCGGGAACGGGCACGCCCGGUCGAUGCUGGGCUCUGAGCAGGCCUGGUCUGCCAAGAACAACCAGGCGAACGAGUGGAUGCAGAUCGACUUGGACGGGGUGAAGCGCAUCGGCGGCGUUGUCACACAGGGUCGCAACAAUUAUAAUCAGUGGGUGACGAGAUUCAGGGUGAUGGUCUCUAAGGACGGUGGGAAUUGGGACGACGUUGGGUUGAUGAGCGGCAACGGGGAUCAAAGCACCAAGGUCGUGAACAAGUUCUCCGAGCCCAAGUACGGGAAGCACGUUCGUUUCAUGGUCCAGGAUUGGUUUCUCCACGUAUCCAUGAGAGCUGCGGUCCUGACGUGCAAGGACACGACCACCACGACGACGUCAACGACCACCACCACCACCAAGACGACGGUCGUCAAAGCCGGCGCGUGGCCUCGUCGCGCCCGCGGAGCAGGUGCAGUCUUGGCGGCCUUGCUGGCACUGUGGGUCGCCGAGCAGCCCUGA